AUGGAUGAUGGAACCGUCAAAUCCAGACUGCUAAUCAGCAAAUCGAAGGUGGCACCACUCCGAGCACUUACGAUUCCACGCAAGGAAUUGUGCGCAUCGUUGUUACUCGUUCGUCUGAUCUGCAAGGUGCUGCCAGCCCUCAGCAUCAACAUGGGAAUGAUUAGCGAACUGUUCUGGACUGGUGGUAAGUAUAUCAACCCACCGGUUACUAGUCUUGAGGUGGUGUAUGAUGUUCUCGACGAGGAUCUACCGGAACUGAAGGCCAAUGUAGCAGCAAUGCCGGCACUCAUCGAAGAGCAGCUGGAAAUAUUUGGAACCUGCAGUUCUUUCCGACGGCUUCAACGAAUAAUCGCAUGGACAUCUAAUCGUGCAGGAACUUUGACGGUAGACGAUGAUCAGCACAUCGAACUACGCGAUGAAAUCCAGCAAGUGAAAACUAAAACGCUUUGCAAACGCAUCGGAAAUCUCAAUCCGAUCUACACCGAUGAUGGUGUGCUAAGGGUCGGUGGACGACUCAAGCAUUCCAACUUAUCCGACGAAUCAAAGCACCAGCUGAUUCUUCCGAACGCAAGUCCAGUCACACAUCGCCUGAUCCGAGAAAUGCAUCACGAACUUUUGCACGUUGGACCGGCUGGGCUUCUUUCUGCAAUCAGACAGCAGUUUUGGUUGCUACGCGCUCGAUCAACCAUUCGACAGGUGACUAGGUCAUGCGUGAAAUGCUUUCGAUCGAAUCCAACAGGCAUUUCUCAGCUCAUGGGCGAUCUUCCAAAACAACGAGUGACACCAUCCCCCGUCUUCAGCAUUACUGGUGUGGACUAUGCUGGACCGAUGCUUGUGAAGCAAGGAACACAUCGUCCAACGGUGGUCAAAGCUUACAUCGCGGUUUUCGUUUGUAUGGCAACGAAAGACGUACACUUGGAGUUGGUGUCCGAUCUGACAACCGACGCAUUUCUCGCCGCCUUGCAACGCUUCGUGAGCCGUAGAGGAGUUGUUUCGCAAAUUCAUUCUGAUAAUACGACAAAUUUUCAUGGUGCCAAGAAUGAGCUUCACCAUGUAUUCGAGAUGUUCCGGAACCACGUAGACAAGAUAGCAAGAUUUUGCCACUUUUUGAAAUUGAGUGGCAUUUCAUUCCGCCAGACUCUCCCGAGUUCGGUGGCCUGUGGGAGGCUGCCGUAA